GGAAGUGGGUUGGUGAAGUUGAGCUAGCUCUUGUAUUGUUUACCCGUGUCGUUGGCCCGCGCACAUAAUCAUCAUCAAUUCAUCAUGAUCCAUCUUCCACUUAUUUUGUCCGAGCUAACCGGCCAGUACCACCUCGAUCAAGCUCUGUAUCUUAAUUAUAAAUAGGCACAAGUAUAUAGUGGGUUUGAAUUGAUCCAACUCCUCUUAUUGAAAUGGCCGCGUUGGGGUUUGAGAACUACAACUCAGCCGUGAGAUCAGAGAGGUCAGUAGUUGUAGUUGUACUGGUGUUAAUGUUAACAACCACAACAACAACAACAGUUAAAGUCGUCGACGGAGGAGCGGUCGACGAAUGUGCGCAGCAGCUAGCAGGGAUGGCCACGUGUCUGCCUUACGUUGGGGGUGAAGCCAUGGCUCCAACACCGGACUGUUGCAGUGGUCUGAAACAAGUCCUGAACAAAAAUAAAACGUGCCUCUGCGUUAUCAUUCAAGAUCGCAACGACCCUGAUUUGGGCCUGCAGAUCAAUGUCACUCUUGCUUUGGGCCUGCCUUCCGUCUGCCACGCCGCCGCCAAUAUCUCUAAGUGUCCCGAUCGAUGCAUAUGCAGAACUUCUACACUUGGAUCCCAAAUCACCAGAAGCUCAAGUGUUCUAUCAGUUACAGAACAACUCUACGCAAACCGCUGCUCCGACUCCAAGCAGUACAGCAGCAGCUGGAGGUCCCGUGAGUGGCAUAAGUUCUAAGAGCGGGGCAGCUCGACAGAAUGGCGGCAUGGUUUUGGUUGGAUACUCCUGGGGCUUCACCUUCAUGUUAUAUACAGUUUUUGCUCAUGUUCAUCUAGAUGCUUGAAAUGGAUUGUACUCUCCUAAUAGAGAAAUAAAGAAAGAAAAAAAAAUUAUAUCAUGACCGGUUGACGCCAGGUCAUAUGAAUU